AUGCAACGCAUCGUUGCCCAAUCGGACAAGGCUAAGAAAACCUCUGCCUCUGCCUCUGCUCCUGAGGAGAGCUCUAAUGGCACGUUGGAAGAUCCGUUUGAUCUCUCUCAGUUACACCAUGGCAUUUCCACAGCCGUUGCUCGGCUAAAGGAUGAUUUGUCUAAGCUCCGUGCAGGAGGGCGGUUUAACACCGCGAUCCUAGAGAGUCUGCGGGUCCACCUGAGCAAAGACAGCAGAGAGUCUGUCAAGUUGGGUGACUUGGCGCAGGUCGUUCCUAAAGGAGGACGCAUGGUUACUAUUUUGGCGGCCGAAGAGGAUCACCUGAAACCUCUUACUUCAGCUAUCAUCUCCUCGAAUCUCUCCUUGACCCCUCAGCCUGAUGCUCAAAACGCUCUCCAGCUCAACAUUCCUAUCCCACCACCUACCAAAGAGUCCCGAGACAAGAACAUUCAAGCUGCCAAGCAGGCAUUUGAAAAGGCUGCCAGUGUGGAUCUGCAGAAGAAGAAGUUGGCUCGGCCAGAUGACGUGCGCAAAGCCCACGAUCAGAUGGAGAAGGUCACAGAUCAGGGCCAGAAGGAGGUGAAGGAUGCAUUCGAAGCCGCCAAGAAGACUUUGGAACAGGCAUAA